GUGCGCGAGAAGGGCCAAGCCCUUCUGCCAAUGUGGUCUUUCAAGGCCCCCGAGUCUGGAGCAAUCGCAGCCCCAGUUUUAACGCUUAAGACACCGUGAUUGUAAUUUCGACUCCACUAACUGGGCCUUCCCUGAGCAGCACACUCUCUCACUUCGCUCUUUAAGUCACUCUGAAUGCUGGUGAAUUUAUCAUUCUUUGGGUGAUCUGCGCGCGCCCGUGCGUUUUCAUAAAACGAAAGUCAACACGUUUUCGUUACUUCUAAGCAAAUGGAAAAUUCCACUUUCCCGCCGGCUGUUAACUGGAACGUCUGGCCAGCCAGGAGGAACAAGGACAGGGUACCCAAAGCAGAGGCCAUUAGCAGUCUGCGCCUUAAAAAAAAUAAAAGUCCUCACUCCGCCCCCUUCCGUCCCGCCCCGCGUCGCCUCCACUCCUGAGAUCCAAGCAGUCCUCCCUGGUUGCGCGGAACUCCCGGCCUCGCUGCGGGCCUGGAAUUGGGGUACGGGGCCGGCGGGGCUGAGUUGUAGCCGCCUGCUCUUCCACUCGUUGGAGGUCAAGUCCAAGGGAGCAGGCGUGGACCCGGGAGCCGCAACUCCGGAGCCCACGCAGGGCAUAUGGACGCGCCGGGGGACCCCGAAGGCCCACGCCCCCCAGGAGGUGACGGAGAGCCACCGGGCCCGACGCGCCUCGGCGGCUUGGGUCCUGUCUCUUUAACAACGACUGAAGUAGCUUUAGCUUGGUUUGUUACCGAGAGGUGAUGGUCCUCCAGGAAGUGCAAGGGAGACACCCAGCCGGCUUUCGAGAGAGCAGAUUUUUGUGCUGAUAUCAGCAGCUUCCAUUAACUUAGGUUCCAUGAUGUGCUAUUCUAUCCUUGGACCCUUUUUCCCCAAGGAGGCUGAAAAGAAAGGAGCCAGCAACACAGUUAUUGGUAUGAUCUUUGGAUGUUAUGCUUUUUUCGACUUGCUAGCCUCUUUGGUAUUUGGAAAAUAUCUUGUACACAUUGGAGCAAAAUUUAUGUUUGUAGCAGGAAUGUUUGUCUCAGGAGGAGUUACAGUGCUCUUUGGUGUAUUGGACCAAGUACCAGAAGGACCAGUGUUUAUUGCUAUGUGCUUUCUAGUGAGAAUAACCGACGCAAUAAGUUUUUCUGCAGCAAUAACUGCAUCAUCUUCUAUCCUCGCAAAGGCUUUUCCAAAUAACGUGGCUACAGUAAUGGGAACUCUUGAGAUUUUUUCUGGACUGGGAUUAGUGCUAGGGCCUCCUUUGGGUGGCUUCUUAUAUCAGUCCUUUGGCUAUGAAGUGCCUUUCAUUUUUCUGGGAUGCAUAGUUCUCCUGAUGGUACCCCUCAACAUGUGUAUUUUACCUAAUUAUGAGUCUGAUCCAGGGAAACACUCCUUCUGGAAACUCAUCACUUUACCCAAGGUGGCCUUUUUAUCCUUCGUCAUCACCUCACUCAGCUCGUGCUUUGGCUUCCUUGAUCCGACCCUGUCCCUCUUUGUUUUGGAGAAGUUUCAUUUACCAGCUGGAUACGUGGGACUGGUAUUUCUGGGUUUGGCGCUGUCCUACACCAUUUCUUCACCGCUGAUGGGCCUACUCAGUGAUAAAAUGCCACAUCUAAGGAAAUGGCUUCUAGUUUUUGGAAACUUAAUCACAGCAGGAUGCUACAUGUUCUUAGGACCUGCUCCAGUCUUGCACAUGAAGAGUCAGCUCUGGCUGCUGGUGCUGAUACUAGUCAUAAAUGGUGUCUCUGCUGGAAUGAGUUUAAUUCCAACUUUCCCGGAGAUUCUCAGCUGCGCUUAUGAAAAUGGGUUUGAAGAAGGAUUAAGUACCUUGGGACUUGUGUCAGGUCUCUUUGGUGCAAUGUGGUCAGUGGGUGCUUUUGCAGGACCAACGGUGGGGGGAAUUCUGUAUGAAAAAAUUGGUUUUGAAUGGGCAGCUGCAGUACAAGGGCUCUGGGCUCUGACAAGUGGACUCCUAAUGGGAGUGUUUUACCUAGUGGAGCACUCAAGGAGAAGGAGGAGAUCUAAAUUUGAAAAUGUCCUCGGCACAGAGGAGGAACGGACUGCUCUCCUGCCAGGUGAAACAUAGCCUUAGGAAUCCCAACUGAUACAGGGCUGGGAGGCGCACGCACCUGGUCUUGAACAGCAAGGUUGGAAGAAUUUUCUUAAUUUUUAUAUGCAAAACUCCAUGGACCACACAGCAACAUCCUGGAAAUGUUAACAUAGUUUUGGAUGAUUCUAUGCUGGACUGUACUUAGGUUUGUCCUGAAAAGCUGGCCUGCUGAACCAGCCAUAUUUGAAACCUUAAAUAUGAGAUGAGCUGUUGAAGAUAACAAAAGUCUGUGGUUUUGAGUGACCAGACUUGACCUUGAAGAUGUUACUGACUCUGGGUUUCCUAUUUGCCCUCUUUACAUUUUUUCUAAGUGCGCUACUUGUGUGAGUGUACCUUUUUUUUUUAAUUAACAGGGAAAGAAAUGAUUUGAUAUCUGUAAAAAGAAUAUAAAAGAUAACUCAAAAUAUGAAGAAUAAUGACUGUGAAAUCUGUUUUUAAAAUAUUUGCUUCCUCUCUGUUCCGAGAUGUUUUUGUUCAAAGGCUAAAUUUCAGCCUACCAUGUAAAAAUUCUAUAGCAUAUCCUGGCUCUAAGCUUUUCUAACACUUUUGUUUGUGUGGAAGAUACAAGAAUAAUAUGACUUAAUACUUCCAGUCUUUUAACAGGCUUUGAAUUAUGAUCUGGAUUUAUAAAUAAUAAUUGGUAUAGUAUUAAUUUUCCUUAAUGUCUCUGUUUCAGCUCGGUAUACACAUACAUAUAUAUAUAUAUAAGUAUAUAUGUAUUUUUUUUUGCUCAUUCCCAGAGCAAGUGAACCCACAGUAAUGUUUGUUCUCUCUUCGGCAAGGAGUUGCUCUGACUUCAUGUGAAAUCCAUGCUCUUGUUUGAAGUGAGUGAAUCUGCUGUGCAACUCUUAUACUUCCUAGUUUCCAUAGUGUAGGAGCCACAUUUACACACCCCUUUAAUAGAAGAAAUGUUUUUUAAAAUAUCUAUUUAUUAAUUUAAAAAUGUUUGUUGAAUACCUUCUUUGAACUGACACUGUGCUUGGUGUUAGGGAUUUAGCUGUGAAUAAGAUAAACACAGUCUCUGCCUUUAUAGAACUAAUAUUCCAGUGACAAACAAUAAAUAAAUACCAGAAUCUCUAUUAUCUUACAGAGAUGCUAUGAAAGAAAAAACCUGGCAAUAUGAAAGAGUAGUUGGAGUUCCUGUCGUGGCUCAGCAGGAACGAACCUGACUAGUAGCCAUGAGGACUCGGGUUUGAUCCCUGGCCUUGCUCAGUGGGUUAAUGAUCCCACGUUAUCAUGAACUGUGGUGUAGAUCUGGCUUGGAUCUGGCAUUGCUGUGGCUGUGGUGUAGGCUGGCAGCUGCAGCUCUGAUUCGACCCCUAGCCUGGGAACUUCCGUAUGCCAUGGGUGUGGCCCUCAAAAGACAAAAAAAAAAAAGGAAAGAAAGAAAGUAAUUGAGAGUAAUUGGCUGGGCUUGAUUAGGUGUGGGGAUCCUGAGAGAAGCCCUCUCCAUGGAGGUGGGGCUUUUGAACCGAGAUCUGAAGAAUGAGCAUAUGCAGAAGGGCUUGCCAGUGGUCAGAGAGAAAGUCAGGGCCCACGUGGCUGGAGUCUGGUAAAGAGAGAAGUUUUUUAAUGGAAGACACUGGAAUUUACUAUUUCUGGAAGGUCAUUUUGCAUUUGUGCGUACAAGGUCAGUGGUGAUGCUCAUCCCCGGAGGUAGAUGGAGAUCUUUGGAAGCUUUGAGAGAGACAUCAAUGGUUUGGACCAGGCAGGUGGUGGUAAAGUGGGGAGAAAAGGAUGUCUUUGGAAGUGGAACCAACAGGACUUGCUAUUGUGUUUGGGAAAUGAGGGAGGAAUUCAGCAUGACUCCUAGUUUUUAUGUUUUUUGGUUUUUAGGAUGACUCCUAGUUUUGGCUUGAGCAUGUAGGUGGUCAGAGGUGCCUCUUAGUGAAAUGGGGAAGAAUGGAAGCAAAACAGAUCCCAAAGGGGCAAAUUAAACCAUGACAGGACACCUUUUCACACUACCAGAAGGGGAAG